AUCUUCUCCAUCGUCACAACAUGGAAGCUGAUCUCACCUUCCUCGUUGUCCUCUCAUCUCUCAUUCUUUCCUUCUACUUCAUCCUUCACAGAAAAUUUAAAGCCUCCAAACCUCUAAACCUCCCACCAGGUCCACCAAAACUACCCAUCAUCGGAAACCUCCACCAGAUCGGCGGAGCACUGCCGCAGCAUGCAUUCCGUGAGUUAGCCAAGAAAUAUGGUCCCAUCAUGCACUUGCAACUCGGCCAGAUCUCCACCAUUGUCGUCUCGUCGCCUCAGUUAGCCAAAGAAGUCUUCAAAACCAACGACCUCGCCCUCGCCAGCCGCCCCUACACACUGCUCGCCGAUAUUGUGUUGUAUAAGAGUUCCGACGUUGCUCUAGGCCCUUACAGUGAUUACUGGCGACAGAUGAAGAAGAUCAUCACUGUAGAGCUUCUAAGUCCCAAAAAGGUCCGAUCUUUCAGUUGUUUCCGGGAGCAAGAGGUGGACCAUUUCAUUGAGUUCAUUGGAUCCAACUGUGGAAAGCCGGUGAUCAUACGUGAUAAGGUAACGAGAAUGAUCAAUAACAUCGUGUGCAAAUCUUCGUUUGGGGAUAACUGCAAACAACAAGAUGUAUUGAUCGAGUUGGUGGAUGAGUUGGGAAGAUUGGUGAGUGGGUUUUCUGUUGCAGAUCUGUUUCCUGAGUUUGGGUUUCUUUCCGUCAUUUCUGGGAUGAGAUCAAAGUUGAGGAAGAUUCAUAAAAGUCUUGAUAAGAUUUUUGAUGAUAUUUUUGAAGAAAGGAAAAACAAAAGAGAAAGAAACGAAGGAUCGGGAGACGAUCUGCUUGAUGUUCUAUUUACAAUUAAAGAGAGUGGCAGCCUUCAGGUCCCUAUCACAGACAACAACAUCAAAGCUAUCUUUGUGAAUAUUUUUGUUGGAGGUACUGAUACAAGUGCAAUGACAAUCGAAUGGGCAAUGACAGAGUUGAUGAGAAACCCAAACGUGAUGGAAAAGGCACAAAAAGAAGUGAGAGAUGCAUUUAAAGGAAAGAAGAAAAUCAAUGAGAGUGACUUACAAGAACUGCAUUACCUUAACUUAGUUGUCAAGGAAACUCUUAGGCUUCACCCUUCUCUCCCUCUACUACUUCCAAGGGAAUGUAGAGAACAAUGUCAAAUUGAUGGCUAUGAUAUUCCAUUGAAAAUGAAAGUGAUUGUCAAUGCUUUUGCAUGUGCAGUUGAUCCUGAAUAUUGGGAUGAUGCAGAAAGUUUCAAACCAGAGAGAUUUGAACAAUCCUCUAUUGAUUUCAUGGGUACAAACUUUGAAUUCGUUCCAUUUGGAUCAGGGAGGAGAAUUUGUCCUGGGAUUGGUUUUGGUGUAAUUUCUGUUAAGUCCGCUCUUGCUCAAAUGCUAUACUACUUUAACUGGACACUUCCUUAUGAAUUAAGCCCUAAAAGUAUCGACAUGACAGAGAACGAGGGAGGGGUUGCAAUAAAGAAAGUUCCAUUGAUGGUAACACCAACUCUCUAUACUUCAUUUUGAAAAGAACGUGUAAGAAAAUAUUGGACCAGAUGUUGUUAGGCAUUAUUAAGAAACAAAAAAACCAAUAUGUAUCUUUCUUGUACAUUCAAUAUGUGUAUAUGGAAUUGUCAUUUAUAUUUAGUGUAGCCAAAUCUUAUCCUUGAACUCUAGAGCUUGAUGAACCUUAAUAGAAGCCACUUUUUAUGUGUUUA